AAGGAGACAACCAUGAAUGAGCCACUAGAUGAUUUUGCAAAUGCAUCUGAUUUCUCUGAUUAUGCAGCUGCUUUUGGUAAUUGCACUGAUGAAAAAAUCUCACUCAGGAGGCACUACCUCCCUGUUAUUUACAGCAUCAUCUUCCUGGUGGGCUUUCCAGGGAAUGCGGUGGCAAUUUCCACUUACAUUUUCAAAAUGCGACCCUGGAAAAGCAGCACGGUCAUUAUGCUGAACCUGGCCUGCACAGACCUGCUGUAUCUCACCAGCCUCCCUUUCCUGAUUCACUACUACGCCAGUGGCGAGAACUGGAUCUUCGGGGAUUUCAUGUGCAAGUUGAUCCGCUUUGGCUUCCAUUUCAACCUGUACAGCAGCAUCCUCUUCCUCACCUGUUUCAGCAUCUUCCGUUACUUUGUGAUCAAUCACCCGAUGAGCUGCUUUUCCGUUCACAAAACUCGAUGGGCCGUGGUGGCCUGUGCUGUGGUAUGGAUCAUUUCCCUGAUGGCUGUCAUUCCAAUGAACUUCUUGAUCACAUCAACCACCGAGACCAAUCGUUCUGCCUGCCUUGACCUCACCAGUUCAGAAGACCUCAUCACUCUCAAAUGGUACAAUGUAAUUUUGACCACAACUACUUUCUGCCUUCCCCUGGUGAUAGUGACACUUUGUUACACAAUGAUUAUCUACACCCUAACCCAAGGUCCUCAGACUCGCAGCUGUCUUAAGCAGAAAGCUAGAAGGCUAACCAUUCUGCUACUUCUCGUGUUUUAUAUAUGUUUUUUGCCCUUCCAUAUCUUGCGGGUCAUUCGGAUUGAAUCUCGCCUGCUUUCCAUCAGCUGCUCUACUGAGAAUCAGAUCUAUGAAGCUUAUAUUGUUUCUAAACCAUUAGCUGCCCUGAACACCUUUGGGAACCUAUUACUGUAUGUGGUGGUCAAUGACAAUUUCCAGCGGGCCAUCUGUUCAAUGGUGAGAUGCAAAGCAAGUGGGGACCAGGAGCAAGCAAAGAAAAUCGGUUACUCAAACCACCCUUGACAUACUUCAUUACUCAACCACAGAGGAAAGUCCGCUGAUAAUUUCCCUAGAAAUUCAGAGAAGUCCAGAAUAUCUCCCUCAAGGUACUCUCAGCAAAUA